GGUCUUAAUGAGAUGACUGCAUGUCAUCUCUGGAGACUAAUCGAUGAAGAGGUUAUAACUUCCAACAUAAGCAGGUUUGACAUGCAGACGUUCAACGGCUACUAUUGGAGUGAGCUGGAUCUGAAGCUACAGUGCGUAGAACGACAUCGGAGUCCACUACAAUACGCUGCAGUCUGUGGAGUUCCACUAUGUCUUCCAUCAGGACUGUUUUAAAUGACUCUGCCAUCAUUCAUCCUCCAGGAUUUUAUAUCAUUGCAUUUCAAACACUUCCCUACAUCAGUGUGUACAUUAUCUUUCUUGCCUUUGUCUAUGCGGUUACCCUAGUCUUCAAUAUUUUAUUGAUCUCCUUAAUUGCUCGUGAUCACUGCUUACAUACUCCAAAAUUCAUGGCUGUUUUCAACCUUGCAGUAAUUGAUGUAAUCUUAAGCACGUGCACUAUUCCCAGCAUGAUUAAGGUAUUCCUCUUUAAGGACAACUUUGUUCCAUUCAACCUCUGCCUGGUACAAAUGUAUUUCUACUAUGCUAUUUUAUCUAUGGAGUCAUAUGCACUCGCUAUACUUGCCUACGACCGGUUCAUUGCAAUAUGUUUACCUAUGCGCCAGAAUUUAUUCAACACACUGCCCAUCAUGUUGUGUAUUGUGGGCGGGACUUGGGUUUACAAUCUGGGAAGAAUCGCACAUGACACGGCGAUCAUGACUCGACUGUCAUUUUGCAAUUCUGUCAGAGUGAACAGCUAUUUCUGUGACUAUGCGCCUGUGUUCAGACUCGCCUGCAAUGAUUACACAUUGCAUUGGUCAAUAGCCUCAACUUCUAGUAUGGUGAAUCUGAUGGUCCCUUUUACUGUUAUUAUUCUGUCUUACCUCAGCAUAUUGGCCACUGUGUUCAGAAUGAAAUCAGUAAGCAAUAGGAUGAAAGCUCUUGCCACUUGCAUUGAGCAUCUCAUCCUUGUUGCUAUAUUUUACAUUCCUAUAUUCACCAUAUUCUUAAUGGGGCUUUAUGUCCGAUCCAUUGACCCAGACCAGCGUGUCUUGAGCCUGUCACUUGCCACUUGCAUCCCACCCUGCAUCAAUCCGAUUGUAUAUUCUUUGAAGACCAGAGAGAUUAAAACCAGAGCUCUGGCACUGGUUCAGAGAAUUAAAACCAGUCCGUGACAAAAAGAAAUAAGGUCAGCACACCUUGUCCUCAGAGAAAAUUGCGCCACAAAAGGGGGACAUUACUUCAGGUGAAAAUCCAGUUUGACUUCUGUUUUUUUUAUGUAUUAAGACUUGGAAGAGAGAAAAAGUUAUUUUCUGUGUGCACAGAAAUUAACUGUAUUAAUCACAGAUAUGUACACUUUUAUUAUGUUAUCACUCUGUUGGAAGAAUAUUUUUGCUUUAUGACAUUUAAAAAAUGUAUAAGAAAAAUAAAACUAGUAAAACUGGAUCAUGCCCCUUAUAGAAACGGGAUGAAUGGAUACUAACUGCUGUGUAUGUGCUCUUGAGAAAAGAAAAGUGUGUCAGUAGCCUGAAAGUCGACGCAUUAUCAAUAAGUGUUAACUCUACAUAUGUGAAUGAUUCAAGUGAGCACCAUGUUAAG